AUGUGUCUCCAUCCUCCAUCUUGUCCAAUUGUUGACACCUCGUGCACUAGAGAAUCAAUUGGUCCACAUGGAAUACUAAAUCGGAUCGUAUCCCACAUAUCUGACCCGAUCGGGUACGUAACGAUUUGCUCAGUGGAAGGGUUACAUAUCAUGGUCCCACCUGAAGCUUUUACAGCGAGAAAGCCAUGGAGAGAAGUACAAGACCCUAGGCGGCUACUAAAGCCCACGCAAGGUAAUGCCAAUGUCGAAACUUGGUACCAAAGAAGAAGAGUUUUCCUCUUCCUCGUAGGAGAAGAGGAAGACAAGGCUCUCCGCAUCCGAGUUGAAGAGUCCGUUACUCAAAGCAACUACAAAACGAGGCCUUGUUGA